AUGCCUGGGUAUCCACCGCAGCCAGGUAGCAGCUCACCCAAUCAGAUUUUCGAGGCCGCCACCAGGGGCUUAUCCAAAAGGCUAAAGGCCCAGGAAAGACACAAGACCCGUCUGUACUACCUCUUUUCCACCCUCUGCAACCUCCUCGCGAUACUCCAGCUCAUGGUCGGCGCAACAAUCACAGCGCUGGGCCCGUCAUCCGACAGCCAUAUGAUCGCCAUCACCAGCCUGGGCGCAGUGAACACCGUCGUUGCGGGCAUCCUUGCCCUCAUGAAGGGCCGUGGCCUCCCCCAGCGUCAUCAAAAGGAUCUGGUUGAGAUUCGAAAGGUCAAGACCUUUAUUAAACAGGUGGCGAUAAGACUUAAAUACGGCGGGCGGGAUCAGGAUACCGCGAAUGUUGCGACCCUAAUCGAGGAAGCCUUCGCCCGGUAUAAGACAAUGCAGGACGUAAUUGACAUUAAUCAGCCGGACUCGUAUCUUAACGGGCCGCAGUUGGAGAGGAGCAGCCUACUGCAGAGGGACCGCGGAGGUGACGAGGAAAUGGGCUUUCGACACAGGUGA